AUGUCUACCAACCUCAAAUCUGCAAUGCCAUCGGGUUUACCAUCAGGGUUACCCCCAGGCCUUGCAAAUAUCAACAUCGAUCCAUCACCAUUUACAUCUUCCUUUUCAGGUGAUUUCCUAGGUCUUCCCAUUCCAGACGACGACCAACUCUGGGGUUUGAGCCCCGUCUCACCAAUGGCCACAGCCUGGGAUAAACCCGACUCGGCAGCAUUUGCCAAUUCCGCACUCGAGCGGGACCUCAAAAACGCCCAAGUUCGAAAUGGCCAACCAACCCCGCCUCCAUACGACGAUCAAGGCCGCGACCUUUCCCUGGACAUGAUGGAAAGCGCGAGCAAACGACGGCGGGUGCGAGAAUACAAAACCGCCGCUGCAAGCCUCAGUCCAGAUCUCGACGACGCCCCGCACGAACGCGCCAAGCGUGCCAAGUUCCUAGAGCGAAAUCGUCUUGCAGCAAGCAAGUGUCGCCAGAAGAAGAAGGAGCAUACCCAGAAGCUGGAAUGCGACUUCAAGGAACAGUCCAAGAAGAAAGAACAGCUUAUCGCGGAGAUUGCACGGCUACGAUCGGAGAUCCUCGGAUUGAAGAAUGAGGUCUUGAAACAUGCUCAGUGUGGAGAUGAACCCAUUAAACUUCAUCUUGCGCAGAUGGUAAAGAAGAUUACCGAUAACGAUGCCCCACCUGCCUUGCCGGAUUCGCCCGUCAGAAUCUCAGAUAACAAUCCCUCUGUUUCCCCGCUCGAACCCCCUCCGGUGACCGCUGUGUCUGUGUCUGCUCCCGCCCCGGCUAUGUCGUUUGGCUUUGAUGAUCCCCUCCAGCUUGAGCCGGCGGCAGCCGCCGCCGCGGAGGCGUUUGAGCAGCAGAUGCGUCGUGAGUCGGAAGCUUCGCUUGUCUCGGAGGGGUCGUAUUCUUUCUCGGCGGAGGAUACAUUUGAUGAUUUGAUCAAUGUGUGA